CGACGGCCGUUCACACUGGUCAGAGGAAGCGCGUAUCAGUACACCAGUACAGUUUCGAACUCCAACGUGUCCACACAAGCCCACGAUGCGUCCCAGCACUGCGCUUUUCCUUGUAAUCUUCUCUUGCAUCCAACUGGCAGUAUGGGCCUGUGAAACCGACCAGUCUCAAAACGGAUGCAAGAUCUACGGAGCAUCGUGUACAUGUGGGUACGGAUGUAGGACCGAGUUCAUCUACAGGACGCGAAGGGCUUGCCUCAACGCCUUGAGAGAAAGGAGUUCCAAUAUUUGCAGUCGCUUGCCAUGCUUGAGGGGAAAUUGUAUACAAACUGUUCAAGAUCCAGGUUUCACUUGUAAAUGUGAAGGCACCGGUUUCUACGGGCAACGAUGCGAGAAGGCCUGCCCCUCUAUCCCAAUGCGCGGAAUGGUCUUCCCCCACGAGUGCAUCGUCAUCUGAAGCCCGCAGCCGGAAACUACAGAAGCACCCAUAUUUAUUUAGUCAUCUAAAUAUACUUUAUGUAUAGACCUUAUCAGAUCAAUUUAUUCCUAAAUAAAAUUAGACAUUAUUAAA